CUGGCCAAGGCCCGGGAUCUGUGUGAAGUGGACUAAGGAUUUAGUAGGAUGUCAACUGAGACAGAACUUCAAGUAGCUGUGAAAACCAGCGCCAAGAAAGACUCCAGAAAGAAAGGUCAGGAUCGCAGUGAAGCCACUUUGAUAAAGAGGUUUAAAGGUGAAGGGGUCCGGUACAAGGCCAAACUGAUUGGAAUUGAUGAGGUUUCCGCAGCUCGGGGAGACAAGUUAUGCCAAGACUCGAUGAUGAAGCUCAAGGGCGUUGUUGCUGGCGCUCGUUCCAAAGGAGAACACAAACAGAAAAUCUUUUUAACCAUCUCCUUUGGAGGAAUCAAAAUCUUUGAUGAGAAGACAGGGGCCCUUCAGCAUCAUCAUGCUGUUCACGAAAUUUCCUACAUCGCAAAGGAUAUCACAGAUCACCGGGCCUUCGGAUACGUUUGCGGGAAGGAAGGGAAUCACAGAUUUGUGGCCAUAAAAACAGCCCAAGCGGCUGAACCUGUUAUUCUGGACUUGAGAGAUCUCUUUCAACUUAUUUAUGAAUUGAAGCAAAGAGAAGAAUUGGAAAAAAAGGCACAAAAGGAUAAGCAGUGCGAACAAGCUGUGUAUCAGACAAUUCUGGAAGAGGACGUUGAAGAUCCUGUAUAUCAGUACAUUGUGUUUGAGGCUGGACACGAGCCAAUCCGUGAUCCCGAAACGGAGGAAAACAUUUAUCAGGUUCCCACCAGCCAAAAGAAGGAAGGUGUUUAUGAUGUGCCAAAAAGUCAACCUGUAAGUAACGGCCGUGCGUUUGAGGAUUUUGACGAGCGGUUUGCCGCAGCCACCCCGAACAGAAACCUGCCGAUGGACUUUGACGAGAUUUUUGAGGCAACAAAGGCUGUGACCCAAUUAGAACUUUUUGGGGACAUGUCCACCCCUCCUGAUAUAACCUCUCCCCCUACUCCUGCAACUCCAGGUGAUGCCUUUAUCCCGUCUUCAUCUCAGACACUUCCAGCGAGUGCAGACAUGUUUAGUUCUGUACCUUUUGGCACUGCUGCUGUACCCUCAGGUUAUGUUGCUAUGGGCGCCGUCCUCCCAUCCUUCUGGGGCCAGCAGCCCCUUGUCCAACAGCAGAUCGCCAUGGGUGCUCAGCCACCAGUCGCUCAGGUGAUGCCGGGGGCUCAGCCCAUCGCAUGGGGCCAGCCGGGUCUCUUCCCUGCCACUCAGCAGCCCUGGCCCGCCGUGGCCGGGCAGUUUCCGCCAGCCGCCUUCAUGCCCACACAAACUGUUAUGCCUUUGCCAGCUGCCAUGUUCCAAGGUCCCCUCACCCCCCUUGCAACCGUCCCAGCCACGGGUGACUCCGCCAGGUCAAGUCCACAGACCGACAAGCCCAGGCAGAAAAUGGGAAAAGAAAUGUUUAAGGAUUUCCAGAUGGCCCAGCCUCCGCCUGUACCCUCCCGCAAACCCGACCAGCCCUCCCUCACCUGCACCUCAGAGGCCUUCUCCAGUUACUUCAACAAAGUCGGGGUGGCACAGGAUACGGAUGACUGUGAUGACUUUGACAUCUCCCAGUUGAACUUGACACCUGUGACUUCUACCACGCCAUCGACCAACUCACCUCCAACCCCAGCCCCUAGACAGAGCUCUCCAUCCAAAUCAUCUGCAUCCCACGCCAGUGAUCCGACCACCGAUGACAUCUUUGAAGAGGGCUUUGAGAGUCCCAGCAAAAGUGAAGAGCAAGAAGCUCCUGAUGGGUCACAGGCCUCAUCCAACAGUGAUCCCUUUGGUGAGCCCAGUGGGGAGCCCAGUGGUGAUAAUAUAAGUCCACAGGCCGGUAGCUAG